CUGCGACAUAUCGGGGCGUCCUGGUCUAAUCAGAGAUUAAAAUAAUUGAAAAAGAGCAACCUUACCGAAAAUGGUAGAGGCUUGGCUGCAGCGGUCGCGUGAGCCUCGUUUUUUCGCCGUGUCCUUCUCAUGGCGAUUUGGCUUCCUGAUAGCCAUUGUCAUAUUUAUUUUUCUCGCCGAGGCGGGCAAGGCCCAGGGAGAGACUUUACCGCUUUACGCGACCAAAAUCGCAAGCUCAAAUAAUGAAGAAGAUACAGUUCAAACGCUUGCGAUUGAUGCGGACGGAAAUGCGAUUGUUGCAGGUAGCUUUCGCUCCGAAAGUGUGACGGUGGCGGACACCGCAACCCUGGCCAAUCAGGGCCCGCCAGGCACGUCGGACGUCUUUGUGGCCCACUUCAAGGCCGAUGGUUCCCUAAACUGGGCUGCAAACUGGGGUGGAAAUCAUGAUGACGUCGUGGUUGACGUAGCGAUGGACCCCUCCGGGGCCUCUGCUUAUGUGGUAGGUGUUUUCAAGUCUCCCAAGAUAUCCUUUUCCCCCGUCGGGAGCGAGACAAACGACGACGUCCUGGAAAAUAUCAUAUACGACGCCGACACGUUACCAACCAAUGUUUUCAUCGUCAAAGUAAGCUCGGCGGGGAAAGUCCUCUGGCGCACCCAAACCGGGGAUAAGAACAUUGCCAGCGUGUCUGUGGACUCGGACUCUCAGCGCGUGUACGUGACAGGCACCUUUCCGUCCUACCUGGCCACGAGAAACGACGACGAUACGUGGAAAGCCUUGGAAUCAUCCCUUCCACUUGGUGUGGUCGAUGACGACAUGACCGACGACGGUGGGCCGGAGGAAACGGGACCGGUGGAGCAAGCGGGAGGAAGCCCGUCCACCAGUAUCUGGGCUGAGAACCCAUUCCAUAAGGAGGGGACUGCAACACCUGCGCCCGACGACGGCUAUUCCACAGACAUGUACGUGGACUACUAUUCUUCGGUGACGGGCGAGCUGGUGGAUGGCACGGUCUUUACUGGCGACUUGGAUGAAAUUCCCACGGACCUGGUGCUGGAGGCAGGGACGACGACUCCAUUCGUGACCGGAUUCUCCGAAUCAGGCCGCGUCCGGCUUGCCCCCAACCUGGCAUUGACCAACACGGACAGCCCCUUACCGGGCGACCACUACGGCUUCGUUGCAAAGCUCGACCCGACGGGAAAGCUGGUGGUAUGGGGGAAGACCCUGGGGCUGGCGCUGGGCUCGAAUCCCUUGCGGCUGGCCGUUGACAGCACCCGGACCACGGCACCGUGGACGAUGUUGUACGUGACAGGGACUUUUGGCUCGCCUGAGAUGAUGGCCUUGAUGGAAUCGACGGCGGGACGGAUCGGAAGCUCUCUUUUCCCUUCCCUGGUGCGCAUGAACGCGAACACGGGCGAGAUCGUGUGGGUGAAAGGUCUGCCGCCGCCCCAGCAGGUCGGUGUGGACUACACGGGUGCUAUCACCGUGGCAGGCACCUUCAAGGCGUCUGUGUCGUUUUCCUACGACAUCCCCAACCUGAUUGCCCGAAGUGCCAACGGUGACAUGUAUUUGGCGCGCAUGGACGGCCACAGCCAGGGGGAAGUCGUUCAAGUGGAGCGGUUUGGAGGCGGGAGCACGGGGAAGUAUACGGUGAACGACCUGGCCGUUGACCCGGCUGGCAAUGUGUACUGGGCGGGCAAUUUUACCGGGGGUGCCAUCAAGUUCGCAGACACCAUGCUCUCCACGCCGGGGUCGGGAAACAUUGACGGCUUCUUCGGUCGCGUCGCUCACCCUCUUCCCGGUCGAACGGCCGCCCCUCAGAAGGUCCCGGUGCCUACCAUGGCCCCUACCCGCAGGCCUACCACACCGUCCCCCACGCAUUCGCCCACCACCGUCGAAUGGGCCAAAGCGCAGGCCUUGCUGACCAAGCCUCCUACCAAGGCCCCGACCCGGCGCCCUACCCGCGCCCCCACUUCUCGUCCUACCCCUCGCCCGACAAUGUCCCCCACCGCCCAGUCCAACACCCCAGCCCCGUCAUUCCCGCCCACCCAGAGGCCGACGCGGAUGCCCACUCAGGAACCGGUUCCGGUGCGAAACACGUUGUCGCCCACCAAGGCGCCCGUCACGCCCUUGAGUAUCGACAGUCUCUCCUCUGGCACGUUGCCCACGCUUCUGGACACGAGCGGGAGCAGUGCUGCGGUUGCAGGGACCAAUGUUGACAUGGUAUUGACGUACGCUGGGUCUCAGACCACCAUUUUGGAAUUUCAACGGUCAUUGUACCAGCUGUUUCGGCCGUACGCUACGUCUUACGCCACCUUCAUUCCCAGCGUGGCCGCCCUGAACCGGCGCCGCAUGGCCGGUUCCUCCCCGAUCACUCCAGCGUCCACCUUGUCCCUCCAGGAGCUCGAGUAUCAAGCAUCUCAAACACGCGACGGACGUUCCUACGAGCGAUCGCUGAGAGUCAAUCGGUGCACCGACACCAAGACCGCCAAGUUCAGCCUUCCGUUUUACAUCGAAGCCAAAAAUAGAGCUGCCACGGCCAAAAUUUUAAACCUAUUGGAGGAUAUGAUCAAUGGCGUGUCUGCCAUGGACAGCGGCAGGAACAUCUUCGACAACACAGUCCUGUGCAGCGUCAGCUACAGCGCACUUUCGGCCUCCCCCUUGAUCCAGGCGGACGACAGCUUCGCGGCCCCUCAAAUGGUCCCAGCGACAUCGGGGGUCGAAACCAUGGGCGCAGAUGGCGCUGCCUGCCAAGACAAGAAAGGUAUCCAGGCAUUCAGUCUCAUCAUGGGGAUAGUCUUGGGCCUCCUUGGUGUCAUGCUCUCAGUGGGCGUGUUCUAUGUCGUUCAAAGUCGCCGAUUGCAACGCCCUGCACGGGUCACAGAGCCACAAUCUCAGCCGCCGCGAUCAUUUUUUACGGGCUUCAAAGGCCUCACACCGAAAACAAGGGCGUCCCUUUCCGCCACGGGGAGUGGAGCCAUUGCCUCCCCGGAAGAGUUAACGCGCCAAUUGGAGGCAGAGAAGGAACGUUGGCGCGCUCGACACCAAACCGUACUGGCCGCGGAGCGAGGAAGGCUAAAGAUAGAGCACGAGGCGGCCCUAGCGCACGCUGUCAAGGAGGAGGCCGAUCGCCUCAAGCUGGAGCAUUCUGAAGAGCUCGCUGCCGUCCGCCGUCAUGUGGCCCAAGGGAAAAGGGAAGCCUUGCCUUUCGAGAAGGAGAGCUGGGAACGAGAACGGGACAGGAUCAUCGCUGCUGCGAUCACCCGUGAGAAGAAGAAAUGGCAAGCGGAGGAGCGAAUGGAUACAAAAGAGGCUGGAUCCGACCAAAUUUUGGCGGACGCUGUCAAUGCAGAACGUCGUCGUUUAGAGGAGGAGCAUGAGUCCCGCCUGGCCGAGGCGGAAGCCCGAUGGCGCCAGGAGCAAGAAACUGCCGUCGCAGCGGCCGUGGCAAGGGCCGCAUCGGAGGCUAAGAGACGACAGGGUAAAGAAGAAGGGAGAGUGGACGUGGCAACUCUUUUGGAGAAGGAGAGGAAACAGUGGGAGACAGAGCAAGCUGAAGCCUUGGCCGCCCAGAAAAAGUCCCUCAAGCUUCGAUAUGCCACCACACUUACGGAGGAGAUGCAAAAAUGGGAACGCGAGAAGGCAUCACUCCUGGCUUCGCUGAGCGCAGCGUCGUCGGGAGAUUUGGCCGGGGCAACGACAGCUGCCAUAUUGACAGAACGGGAGAAGCUGACCAAGGAGCACGAAACCGCUUUGAAAGCAGCCAUGGCCGCGGAAAAAGAAAAGGGAAGACAGGAGCGGGAGGCCGAGCUCUUUGCGCAGAAAAACACGCUGAAACAACGUUACGGCCAGGCCUUGAUGCAGGAACGAGAGAAAUGGCGCCAAGAAGCUCAAGAAGCCAUGGAGGAGAAACGUGCCGCAUGGGAAAAGGAGCAUGCUCAAAGUCUUAAUGUACAGCGUAGUAUUCUUGACCCCAACCAUCCUGCAGGAAUACGAGCGGUGAUAGACGUAGAGCGAGAGAAAUGGGUGGCGGAGCACGCCGCGAGCCUGGCGGCUGCUUUGGCUUCGGAACGCGAAGUCGCCAAGCAAGAGCACUCGACGGCAUUACAAGCCUCUUUGGCAGCACAACGGAAAAAAUUGACGGAGGAGCAUGCCAAAAGCCUUGCUCAGGCGUUAUCAGGGGCCGGGGUGGACUCCACAAGCCUUGUCGACGCACGGGCUCAGUGGGAGACGGAAUUGGAUGGUGAACGAGUGCGGUGGCAGCAAGAACAUGAAGCCGCAAUGCUUGCUCAAAAAAAUGAGCUAAAGCUACGCUAUGCUACGGUUCUGGCUCAAGAGAAAGAAAAAUGGAUGCAAGGAUCCAGCCCCCCGCAUGCUCCUUCAAGACCCUCGCGGUAAAAGAAAGAGCCAAUGAAUCCAUGGUAAGACUUGCAUGCUUUUCUUAUACCACUACAUUCGAGGAACCAGUAAGAAAAUAGUGGAGGAAUAGAUAGCACCUGGGGGAAAAGUAAGGUGUAAUGCUAGCUUGGUUUUGUGUCGUCGUCGAGGCUGGGAAUGAAGCAAGCUUAUUGGUUCGGUAGCGUUCUUCAUAGUUGGCAGUACGUACGAUUACCGCAUAAAUUUGUUGUGCAGUUCUGAUGAUUUAUGCAUAAAUUUGAAGGCAUGUGUGAGUCAGCCACCAGUAAGAGGAGGCAAGGAGGUCAUCAAGAAGUUAUCCUGUCUGUAUGCCAUCCAUGUAACAAAUACAAUUCUAUUUCUCAAAUCAAUAUAAGCAAUCCUAGUA